GACUGUCCACAAGGUGGCACUAGUAGCAUCUGCCAAAAAAUAGAUUUUCUCUUAUAAAGCAGAAAUCUGUAGGUGGAGUGACAAAUGCCAGGUAGGAAUUAAAGGUAGUUUUAAACUAUAGACUACAACAUUUUAAACUAGCUACUAGUUAGCACAUAAAAAAAUCAACCAAGUUGAUAAAAAAGUAAAAAGUUAUGUACUUCUUUUUAAAUUGUGAAGGGAGGCAGAUAUUGAACUAAUAUAAAUGUUGCCGCAUGCUUAGAUCCUCCAAAAACAGCAUUGACCCUGACAGAAACAGGUGUGGAGCUACGUGAAUGUAUGCUGGAGCUCUAGACUUUUCUUAAUGGCUGAGAAACAUCUCACUGCCUAAAAUAAAGAGUUAUAUUAAGGCAUUAUAAUAGUGCCCUCUGUUAUGAGCAACGAGUGCAUUUACAUAGCCAAUGUACUAAUACAAUAUGCUCGAUUCUGCACUGGUGCAUAAAAACAUUAAACAACCAAUUAAACAAUUGUAUAUGUAAUGGUAGCCAUGAUGUGCCCAUAAAAUUGUGUUAGCGUUUUUACAGAGAAGAAAAGUACAGGCAAAUAAAAAAGGAGUUAAAUAUAUAAAAGUAUGGUAAGAUUACAAAAAAAGGUGAUUUCUCAUCAAUUGGUUUGAAGCAUGUAUACUAACAGACACAGCAAACUGAUUUCCCCUAUAUACUAUGUAGCUUAAAAUAUCUAGAAAAGAUACUUAAAAUAUCUAGAAAUGUACCUACGGCUGUUUAUGUUAUUUAAUAUUUGUGUUGUAAAUAAAAUAACAUUGCAUGUAUGUUCUAAGCUACACAGUGUUGUGUAGGACAUAUUCAGUGCCUGUUUCUAUUGAUUUAUCGAACACAAUGGGUCCGCCCCAUGGGCUGCUUCAAAUGAAUAUAAAUACAUCUGCCAUUCACCUUUAACUGUCCGCAACUGCCCCACAGGCAGUUUGUGCAACCUAUUGACGCCCCCUCAGCUUUGUAGACAUAGAAAAUGCAUUAGCUUAUCUUUUCUUUACAUUAUUGUGAUUAUUUUAGGUUCAAGGGGAUUUUUACUAAUUCAAACACCUUUUUGGGUAACAGUGGCAUUGCUGCGCUCAAACCUUGAGCUUCAAGGUUGUCCUGUGCACAAUGGGGGUCAAAGCAGCUCUUCCCAGGUAUGAGCUCUAUGUUUACAUUGUAGUGCUGUGUAUGGCAAUGCUCUGGUCUACAAGAUGGAUAUUUGAUGUGUCCAGCUCAAAUUCCAACAGAAAAACCUUUAAGACCAGCAUUCAGCCAGGAUGGUACUACUCUGGCAGAAAAAUGGAUACGGCUGAUGUCGAGUGGAUGAUGUGGUUCUCUACGUUCAGAGAUCAUAUCAUCUUUGCUCUUUCAGGUCAUGUGAUCUUUGCCAAGAUCUGCUCUAUGCUGGCUCCUCAGUACAGAUCCCUGGUUUACAUGGCGUACGGUAUGCUGGCUGUUUUCACCAGUAUGGGCUGGGCAUACGUCACUCUCAUCCUCUCUCACUGUAUCCUGUUGUACAGCAUCUCUCUGGUUAAGCUCAGGUGGCUCUGCUUUACGGCAGGCCUCACCACACUGGCCACCUUUAAAAUGGAGCCCUUCAUUUCCUGGCAGGCAGGAUUUGUUAGUGGCUCUUUUGAGCUUCGUCCUAUCCUGUACUAUGGUGGCUGUGGGUUCACCAUCAUGCGCUGCAUGAGCUUCGCUCUUGAGAACUGUGAGAAGAAGGAUGGAAACUACAGCAUCUUGGAGCUUCUCAAGUACAACUUUUACCUUCCUUUUUUUUUCUUUGGUCCCGUCAUGACCUUCGACAAAUUCUACCUUCAGGCCAAUAACCCAAACCUAACCAGGAAGGAAGGGGAGAUGUGGAAUAUUUCCAUCCAGGCCCUCCUGCAUUUGGGAAUCAUUACUAUAGUAGCGAUUAUCUUUCACUUCAUGUACAUUCUCACCGUACCCAGUGACAUGAAACUUCUUAAACACAUCUCUGACUGGGCACUCAUCGGAUUGGCCUACUUGAAUCUGGUGUAUGAUUGGGUAAAAGCUGCUGUGAUGUUCGGGGUGAUAAACACAGUGUCAAGACUGGAUCAUCUGGACCCUCCCAAACCGCCAAAAUGCAUCACUAUGCUUUAUGUGUUUUCUGAGACACACUUUGAUCGAGGAAUUAACGACUGGCUUUGCAAAUAUGUUUAUAACUACCUUGGCGGUAAACAUGAGAACACUGUGAAUGAGCUGAUAGCGUCUCUAUGCACGUAUGGUAUCGCUGCCCUAUGGCUUGGACCGAGCUGGGUAGUUUUCACCUGGGCUUUCUUAAACUGCUUUGGCCUUAAUUUUGAAUUAUGGACUACCAGGUUCUUCAACAUGGAGCCGUUUAUUUCUAUUGAGAUGGCAAUAUCCGAUUCAAUGUCACGCAGAAUAAGGGCUGUGUUUAAUACCUUCAACUUCUGGAUGAUUGUUCUCUACAACAUCUUGAUUCUGAACAGUCUAGAUUUUACAAACCUUGUUGCCAAGAGAUUGUUACUUAAAGGUUUUCCCUUCACUACCAUCACUGCCAUGUUUGUUACGUACUGCCUGAUUCAAAUGAUUAAGGAAAGAGAAAGGAGGCAAGCUCUGAUCGAUGAUCCAGACCCAAUCCCACCUCCUGCCCCCAUUCCUCCACCCUCCACUGCACCCAGCACCACCACAGUACCCAGCACCCAGACAGAUGCUGCUGCCGCUGCCCAGCCUGUGGACGCCAACAAGGAGAAAGCAGAGUAGAGUUUAGAUGUGACGGUUAUACUGUAACCACCUAAAUGGUUUAUUACAUAUUUGUGGUCUUGAAAUACAGCAGACAGUUAUAGUCUGAAAGUCUAAAGGAAGAAGGGUGUUAAAAUGAGAGCACUGUAUGGAAAGAUGCUGUGUUUAAAACAGCUAGUCUGAAGUUCUGCUUUUACAUGAUUGAAAGUUUUACAUAGAUAUAAUAGGUGUUACAGAUAUGUGCUAUCUAGUAUUGGGUUGAUUUUAGUACUUUAGUUGUUUUAAUGCAAAUGAUUCUGGAAAUUGUUCUUAUAAGUAAUUCACAUGAAUAUGAAAUGAUGUCCUUAUCUGAAAAUCACAAUAAUAACUACAUACAAACGAGAGAUUUGUUUAAUGAAUUUGUGAUGUACAUUGACGUAAAAAUAAAUGAGUGAUAUGUGUGUAUGUCUCAG